AUGCUUAAUGCGAAACCCGAUUUCAUUUUCCACAAGUCAGAUUUAUUAGAAUGGCUUCAGCAACUACCUAUCAACCUGAUCAAAAUUAUCCCUUCGCUUUAUGAAGAAUACUUUGAGAGCAAAUAUAUUACCCAUAUCACUCUUCCGCCUGAUACUGGUAUCAUUAAAGAUUUGAAAUUACGAUCUAACCUUUCAUAUUUGGUGCAAGAUGCUUGUCUCGCAAGAGGAGAAGAAAAGGGAUUUGAUACUGAGGGAAAACAUAUUCUGCAAAGGGAUUUAUUCACUUGUGACCUAAAUAAGCUGGCAGGACACGUACAAGCUUUCAUUACCAGAAUUAAUAUUAGCCGAUUGUUGCCUUUAAUUUGUCAAACUAUCCCACGAUAUUUUCAGCAGGAAUUUAUCAUUCUUUACUGGCCAAAUGGCAAGCACAAAGUCCCUUUCACUAAUCGAUUAGAACACGUCAAUGACGAUGAGGCAAAAAUACCAUUUGUAGUAUUUUUACCAAAGGGUAUGGCUCUUUACGAAAUAGGAAUUAUGUAUCGUGUUAUCCGUUGGAAGAAUGUGUUAAAAUAUAUUGACUGGGACAAGUGGUUCAUCAUCGAUUUUGAUAAUGCAUGUUAUAUUUCUUCACCUACUUCAAGCAUACACUUAGCUAAAGACAGUUAUACUUCUGAGAUUUUUGAAGACCACUACAAUGAAAGUGUUGAUAUUUGGUCUGUCAGCUUAAUGGAAAAAGAUGUGAAUGAUAGACCAACAGCCAAAGAUGCUUUAUAA